AUGACCUUCCCGUUAGUCGGCGAUGUUCUCUAUAUCAUUCUUAACAUCCUCGCGGACCAGCGCGACUACAACAGCUUGUAUCAAUGUGCCAUAACAUCCCGAUGCUUCACGGAACCCGCUUUGCAGGUUCUGUAUAGGCAGCGUAAUUCUUCGACUCUCGAACCUUCUGACUUCCUAACUCGGACGUCUGUGACGUUAGCCGCUAUAGAUGAUGUGCAGAUUUACUCGAUUCGCAAAUGGGCUAAGAUGUGGCGCUCCAUAGUGAUGUCUGCCUUGGAGUAUAUGUACUUGCCUUAUUAUACUUAUAUUCACUAUCUGGACCUUGAAGGCCUGGAGUUCCUUCUUUGUGUGCUGUACCAUGAAGAUGAAAAGGAAGCAUUCUUUACCCCAGAGAUUGAUGAUUACUUGUCUCAUGAGUAUGAGAUGAAAGGAAACAGGCGGCUUCGUUCCUCUUCCAAGUCAUUUGAUAAAGAUUUUGUUCUGUUCGCAAUCAGCUCAGCAAUUGUCAAACGAUUAACUUCGAUAAAGGGAAUGGCCUGCAAUGUGCAACCCUCCAUGCUUGAAUUCCUUCAACGGUUACCCUCUCUGCAAACAUUGAGAAUCUGGUCCGGUUCUUGUCUCACGGAUCAUGUGGUAGACAAGAUUCGCAACCACUGCCCCGACCUCAAAAAUAUCAUAAUACGCGGAUGGUAUUCAGAACCCCCUAUUGAUGGAGAUGCGACCUUGGAAAAUUUUCUAAACAAACUGCGGCCUAAUACUCUGGAGCAUUAUGAAGUGCUUAACUGUUCCCAACAAGGACCCCGCUCGAUCAGGGCCCUGAGCUCACAUUGGGACUCACUAGCAGUACUCAGUCUGGAUAGGCUGAGGACUACGGCAGUCGCUGAGCUAGUCUCACUAUCCGCACCACCAGCAUUGAAAGUCUUAGCAUUAUCAAACACAGUUUGGAUCCGCGAUGAAGCGCCUCCCCAGCCUAUAGACCAAGUGGCGGAUUGGAUACGCCGCUGUAAAACCCUACAGCAGCUGGAACUGGUGCACUUCACGGAUGACGACCCAUUUCUACUCGCAAAAGUCCUCCCUGAAGAGAGUCUCCAUCUAUCGAGCCUCUCAUUAAAAGACUACUGGAUACACACGGCAAGUCCCUUCCAUGAGGCCCUCCACAAGCACCCAUCACUACGAUAUCUGCACCUGAACGGCCAAGGAAGCGACGAACCCGAGCACAACGAAUCCCUCAUCCAGGGCAUCAGCCAACUACCCAAUCUCCGCGGACUAAAGCUCGAAGGCGUAUCGAGCGGUUUCAUCAUGGAGGACUUUAUGGCACUAACACCCCAUUUACCCCAUCUUGAACGACUCUGGAUCGACGGCAAAUACUUCUGCAACAGAAUAUGGAACGCACUCCUCUGUCUUCCCAAGCUCAAAGGCCUCACCAUCGCCGGCCGCAGUGCAUUCAAAGGCAAGGACAUUCUUGACUUCAUCGACCAGCUGGGACCAGGGAACAGAGGCUUCCGCUUAUCCAUCUUAAAGUCCACGGACGACACGGAUAUUAACGAUAUAACAGAGCAUCUUGUCCGCGAUCAUCUGAGAUCUAAACUGAAUGGAUACUUCGACUUUGACUGGGCAGAAGAAGAGGAGUACGAGACGGAAGAGGAGGCAGAUUUUGAUGACGACAUGUCCGAAUGA